GAGCGGUCGUAACAGAUGGCAGUCUCUUAGAUCUUCAGAAGAUGAUCAAACAAGUCACUGGGAAAACAGCCAUAACAAAUUAUAUCGCCUACGGAUGUUACUGUGGACACAGUGGCAGAGGAGAACCACUGGAUGCCACUGAUCG